CUUCAAAUCCAUCACCUUCUUCUCUUCCUCCUCCUUCCUCUAAUUCCCUUCCGCAGCACUAUCUUUUCUUCCUACAAUGGCAACUUCUGAAACCUACGAAAUGUCCAUUGGAUAUGAAUUAGCAGCUGUGCAGACUGAAUCAGGUUUUACUCUCCUUCAGCGCAACACAUCCCCACCACAGUCUGGUGAAAGGAGAGGAAGGAGAAAGCAGGCAGAGCCAGGGAGGUUCUUGGGGGUGAGAAGGCGGCCGUGGGGGCGGUAUGCAGCGGAGAUCAGAGACCCAACAACUAAAGAAAGGCACUGGCUUGGCACCUUUGACACUGCCUAUGAAGCUGCUCUGGCUUAUGACAGAGCUGCACUCUCCAUGAAAGGCACCCAAGCAAGAACAAACUUUGUUUACUCUAACAUUACUAAUUUCCAUUCCCUUAUUUCUCCUUUUGAUAUCCAAACCCUUCUGCCCAAAUCACAGAGUCUUACUACUGCUGGCACUCUGGCUGAACAGAGUAGUACCAAUCAUGGUAGUCCACCUCAACCUGAAAUGUGCCAUGUCAACACCAUUGUCCAACAAAACAAGGACACAUCAGCUGAUCAAACCCCAUGUGGGUCAGUUGAUGAUCAUACUAGCUUCUUCCUCUCUAGUGCUGAAAACGAUGCAAAUUCAGGAUACCUAGCCUGCAUUGUCCCUGGUAACUGCUUGAGACCUCCUCCUGAUACUUCUUCCAUUUCCAUGAACAAGAACUCCAAUGAAAAUCAAUCACAAUCUAAAAACUAUCACCUUCCCUUAGAGAAUGAUGAUAACCAGCCAAAGUACAGCAAUGUGGAGUUUCCCACCUUUGAUGAAAUGAAUUUUCAGGGUUUUUGGAGUGAGCAGCAAUCAUGGGGAGGACUGAACUCUGAUGAACUUUCUGUCAUGUUCAACAACCCAACUUCAUUGAUGAGGGAGGAAGAUGGGUGCAUUUUUUACCCAUUUGAUGAAAACUCCAGCAGUGGCUAGACUUCAAUUCCUUCUCUUUCUUACGGUGAUGUAGUUGAUUUGGGGCAUUCACUCUUUUGAAAUGUAUUUUUUUUGUUGUUGUUUUUUUUUUAAAAAAAUAAUUUUUUGGUA